AUGCUCGUAGACCGAAAAUAUGUGGUGACGGACGAUCCGUCUCAGUUUGGUUUGGAGUUGGACUUCUUGCCCGCCCUCGAAAUGGUCUCGUUUGCCAGCGCCGCAGGAGGGGUCCCAUGGUACGCUAUCAAGAAAUGCCUGGAGCACCCUACAGUAACCUCCAUUUCCAUCGGGAAUAACUCGACAUGGAUGUGCGCGCCACCACCUACCCCGGCCGAUAUCCCGCCACACGGUAGUCGACUCACGCACUUGUCGUAUACUCCAUCGCAAUGGCGCGAGACCGAAAGUGUGGAACACAGAACAGACCUACAAUUGAUGUAUGCUUUGGAGUCGAGCUACCUUCGCGCUCUUGUCCUGUCCAUGUCCACCACUGCCGAGUCGCUCACCCUCCCCGCCGAGACUGCUCCGCUCUUGGAGAUGGCCAGCAUGGACUGGCCGCGUCUGCAUACUCUGUCACUCGUCGGGCGGUAUACUCAUCCAAACCAAGGCGAUAUCGUCCCUCUCCUACUCCUGCGCAUGCCAAACUUGCGCUCCCUUUCGGUCCAAGUAAUCCAGUGCGAAGGGACGCAGCGCCCCCCUUUGCUCAAAGAACUCCCUGAUACUAACUACUGUCUACGGUCGUUGACGAUCUCGUACCCAAAUACAGAAGAUCCUAUCUUCUCCUGUAUCGGGGACGGCCUAACUUCCCUCUCGCUCCGCGACAGCCCGAGAUACUACUUUCAUUCACGCUAUGGCCAACGGGAUCUCCCUGGAGUGUUCCCAAUUCUCAAGGCGUCGGAAUGUCUGACCAUCAUAAAGCGCAUCUCCGCCCCUCGACUCUUGGUUCUCGAGCUGGUUUACAAGGGCGACGCCGCCGAGAACGAGCUCCUACAGCACCUUUCCCGUGCGUUUCCGCUUCUCGAGGAGCUCGAAUUGCACCGAUACAAAGCACAACCGGAGGAAAAUGUCCCUUACUUGCACAUCGCGCGCACGCUGACGGCGGUCAAAUACCUACACGCACUCUACCUCAACCUCGACAUCAUGGCAGGCGACCCGCGGUCCCCAACAUGGGAGUCCGACGACCUCGACAACGAGUGCGCAGAACAGCGUGACGAAUGGGGCCAGGAGAUCGCCGCGGUGCUGCAGACUCGCGAGACCUUCCAGUACGUCGCGCUGCUGCUCCACUUGCACAGUGCGGGCGAUUGGGCCCUGUAUCGCCCGCCGUGGUGUCGCCAUGCCAGGCGCAUUGAUUUCUUCUCGCCGUACAAGACGUAG